UUAUGAUAAUGGGUUUCUAUAUGUAGGGAACCGUACACGAAAUCGCGAAAGAGGGAAGGGAGAUCAGUAAAUAGAAUCAUUGUCGACCCUGUUUUAACGACAGGACACUUCUUUUAACAAACAUCAUUCCUUUUUAAUCGCUAAGGGCUCUCAGUGGUUCUUAAAUCUCAACUCUGUUUCUUCUCUGCGUCUUUACUCUAUUUCUUAUCUCAUGAGAGAUAAGGGUUUGAUAGGUUGUUUCUUCAAGAGGAUAAGAUUGACAAGCUUUGAUCCCAUGGAAGCAGAAAUAGCCAAGAAUAAGCUAGCUGCUGUGGCAGAAGAACUUGGACGAGCAGUUCGUGUAUUUGAAACAUCAGCAGCUUCUCUAAAGGUUUCCGCGCCCAUGACAGUGAAUGAUGACGAGUCUGAUGAUUCCAAUGAAUUUACAGUGGAGGAUUAUUACCGGAUUUUGUCAACCAGAAAGGAAGGUACACUAGAAAUGGUUCCAUAUUUAAUUAAGUUUCUUCCAAUUGAUUGGUUGUCUCUGUUCGAUGUUCCUGGAUUGUAUGUACAGAGUGGAAUGAAAGUGCCAAGGAGAACUCUGUUGUUAUCAUCAUGCCUCUUUAUAUGCCAGACCUACUGUUAUUCUAGUUUUUUAUUAAGUUUUUAAUGGGUAUUGACCCCGGAAUUCGAAGGAAGUUGUCCUCCUUGAGUUAAUAUUGCACAUAAUACUGUAUAAUUUUCUGGGACGACCAUUGGAUGGAAAUGCAAUAAUUUUUUUUUUGGAACCAACUGGUUGAAUAGUCAUCUUAUUUGUCCAAUUUGGAUUGGAAUCUCCUUUUUGGGACCAAUCAAAUGGUGGUACCCUGAAGUUGUGUUAAUUUAUCAUUUAUGAAGGCCAGACAACUUCUUCUUCUUUCCCUCAUUAUUUUUGUAAACCUCAAAAGGAAAAAUAUUAGAUGAAUUACAAAUAGUGAAAACAAGGUUCUCACUUUUGGGAAGUGGUACAUGAAACAAGAUAGAAGCUAAAAAACACAGCUUUAUAUUUAUGUAUUAAGGUAUGGCCCAAUACAAACAACCUCUUUCAAGGCCUCCUUUCCCUUGGCUAAUGAUGCAGAUUAAUUACCAAAAUAGGCUUGUUUUAUUAGGAAUAAGCAUAGGGUUGGGUUCCAUACAUGUUGGGCCUUUGAUCCCAUGUGUUUUGAGUGUAAUAGACCACUU